GAGUCUCUCGUGUUGUCGUCACCUGUUUGUCUCUCUGACACUCACCUGUAAUAAUAAUAAUAUAUUUUAUAAAAAAACUCAAAAGUGCUACAAAAUUAAAAAGGGUGAAACAAAACAAUAAAAACAAUUAAAGCAACAUAAUAAAAGCUGUGACAUUCAUGCCGGCAUGGCAUAAUGUGGGGGAUUUCAAAAUCUAGUUAAAGGCUAUUCUAAAAAGAUGCGUUUUUAGGCCUUUUUUGAUGCUUCUAGAGUCUGUGGUGUCCUCAGCUGGUUUGGGAGGGCAUUCCUCUCGGAGCAGCGGAGCAGAAGGCUCGGUCUCCCAUGGUCUUCAGUUUUGUCCUUGGUGGGAUGAGGAGGUUUGCCUUUACUGAACGUAGGUUCCUCGUGGAGGUUUGUGGGGUGAGCAAUAACUUGAUGUAGGAGGGAGCAUCUCCAUAUAUGCACUGAUGAGUGAAGAGGGUGAUUUUUUUUGUCAAUCCUGAGUGAGACCGGGAGCCAGUGCAGUGAUUUGAGGAUGGGUGUGAUGUGUUCGUACUUCCGCACCUGUCUCUCUGACACUCACCUGUCUGUCUCUCGGACACUCACCUGUCUGUUUCUCUGGCACUCACCUGUCUCUCUCACUCGCACUGUCUCUUUGACACUCACCUGUCUCUCUCGUUGCCCAGGUAACCAGGAGAGGGGCUGGAACGACCCCCCCCAGUUCUCCUACGGCCUCCAGAAGGCCCGCGGGCCUCAGAGGAGCCUCCUGACCCGGAGAGCAGGUGCCCCGCCCCCUGCCUCCACCAACCCUAUGGCUCUGCCUCCAGGCACUGUGGCCCCGCCCCCUCCCUCCACCAACCCUCUGGCUCCACCUCCAGGCGCUGUGGCCCCGCCCCCUCCCUCCACCAACCCUCUGGCUCCGCCUCCAGGUGUUGUGGCCCCGCCCCCUCUGCAACCAGCCCGCCCUCCUGCCAGCUGUUUGGCCACGCCCCCUCCGGGACCAAUGAGAGGCCAGAGAGAGGCGGACAGCAGCCAAUCAGAGAGUGAGCCUGAUGCAGAGCGAGUGAUGUCCGUCCUGAACCGAGCACUGAGCGCCUGCCGACACAACGCCAGCGAUCAGGUGUGCAGUGACGUGGCGAAGAGGCUCCGCCUCCUGGAGGCCAGCUGGAGGGGAGGGCGGCUCAGCCUCCCAGUGAGGAGACGCAUGGAGAGCCUGACUCUGGGUACCUGUCUCUCUCUCACCUGUCUCUCUCUCACCUGUCUGUGUC